UGGCGCAGCGACGUGUCUAUUUGCUGCAUAAAAGAGAAGACGUUCUGCGCGUCGGACAGACAUUGGGAGAGAGAAGGUUAAAAUAAUAAACCCGUCAGGGAAUUCGUGCCUAGAAUGAGUCUGUCGACUGACAUUCCGCACUGAGCUUGACGAAGCGCUGUUUGGAAAGCAGCAUUAAUGCGCAGGAAGCGCCAUUGUCACCGCAGUAUAACGCCGCCAUAGCAGGUGGCGUCGUUUGUGUAAUCCCGCAAGGCUCGCGGCGUUUGUGCUGCCUGUUCCGAGCGUCCUUUCAGCACUGGACAGCGAUCUGCAACAUUGUACAACCGAAGAGAUCCCGAGGCAAGCUAUCCUCUCUUCCAUAGAGUCAGUCCGAAGCUCACUUGGCUCGGGGCAAUGACUUCACCACAUUAACAAGCACCGCGGUAUCCUGGACGAAUAUAGCAACGUCGCAUCCCUCUUCUUCCUCUCUAUCCCUGCCUCUCUUGAUCUACAUCUCUCUUUUGCCGAUCGCUGAUCCCUCCCUCCAAAGCACCAUGGGAAACCGUGGCAUGGAAGAGCUAAUCCCGCUGGUCAACAAGCUCCAGGAUGCAUUCAGCUCCAUUGGCCAGGCGUGCAACCUGGACCUGCCGCAAAUCGCGGUGGUGGGCGGCCAGAGUGCAGGAAAAAGCUCCGUGUUGGAGAACUUUGUGGGCAGGGACUUUCUGCCUCGCGGCUCUGGUAUCGUGACUCGUAGGCCUCUGGUUCUGCAGCUUAUCAGUGCGACUGCAGAGUGGGCUGAAUUUCUUCAUUGCAAAGGAAAGAAGUUCACAGAUUUUGAUGAAGUUCGCCAGGAGAUUGAGGCCGAGACGGACCGUGUUACUGGUGCUAACAAAGGCAUAUCUCCAGUCCCCAUCAACUUACGUGUUUAUUCCCCAAAUGUGCUGAAUUUAACCCUCAUCGACUUGCCGGGAAUCACCAAGGUGCCAGUUGGAGACCAACCUGUUGACAUCGAGCAACAAAUAAGGGACAUGAUCAUGCAGUUCAUCACCAGGGAGAGCUGCCUGAUCUUGGCUGUUACUCCGGCCAACACUGACCUUGCUAACUCGGACGCCCUUAAACUGGCAAAGGAUGUUGAUCCUCAAGGUCUGAGGACGAUAGGAGUAAUCACCAAACUGGAUUUGAUGGAUGAGGGCACUGAUGCCCGUGAUGUGCUUGAGAACAAGCUUCUGCCACUGAGGAGAGGCUACAUUGGUGUGGUGAACCGCAGUCAGAAGGACAUCGAUGGGAAGAAAGAUAUUAAAGCAGCUUUGGAGGCAGAGAGAAAGUUCUUUUUCUCUCAUCCAGCAUAUAGGCACAUGGGGGACAAAAUGGGCACCCCACGCCUGCAGAAAGUGCUCAACCAGCAACUGACCAACCAUAUCAGAGACACUUUGCCAGCCUUCCGUAGUAAACUACAAUCCCAGCUGUUGGCUUUGGAUAAGGAGGCAGAGGAAUACCGGGGUUACCGACCGGAUGACCCAUCCCGCAAAACCAAGCAGCUUUUACAGAUGGUACAACAGUUCUCUGUGGACUUUGAGAAGAGGAUCGAGGGUUCAGGGGACCAGGUGGACACUGUGGAGCUAUCAGGUGGAGCCAAAAUCAACCGCAUCUUCCAUGAGCGUUUCCCGUUUGAACUUGUCAAGAUGGAGUGUGAUGAAAAGGAGAUGCGUCGUGAGAUCAGUUAUGCCAUCAAGAACAUCCACGGAAUCAGGACAGGGCUAUUCACUCCAGACAUGGCCUUUGAAGCCAUUGUAAAGAAACAAAUCAUCAAGUUAAAGGAGCCCUGUGUCAAGUGUGUAGACAUGGUCAUCCAGGAACUGAUCAACACUGUACGCCAGUGUUCCAACAAGUUGGAAUGUUUCCCAAGGCUGCGUGAAGAAACUGAAAGAAUUGUGACUUCUCAUAUACGAGACAGAGAGAGUCGGGCCAAAGAACAGGUUCUGCUGGUGAUAGACAUUCAGCUCUCUUACAUCAACACAAAUCAUGAGGACUUCAUUGGUUUUGCAAAUGCUCAGCAGAGAAGCAGUCAGACUAACAAGAGUCAAAGUUCAGCAACAAAUCAGGUCAUUCGCAAAGGCUGGCUGACCAUAAACAACAUCAGCAUCAUGAAGGGAGGAGCCAAGGAGUACUGGUUUGUGCUUACUGCUGAGAGCCUUUCCUGGUUCAAGGAUGAUGAGGAGAAAGAGAAAAAGUACAUGCUUCCCCUCGACAACCUGAAAGUCCGUGACGUUGAGAAGAGUUUUAUGUCGAGCAAGCACAUAUUUUGCAUUUUUAAUACAGAGUCAAGGAAUGUCUAUAAGGACAAUCGCACUCUGGAAUUGGCUUGUGACUCGCAGGAUGAUGUGGACAGCUGGAAGUCUUCCCUCUUACGUGCUGGGGUCUACCCUGAGAAGACCACCUCAGUUGAGAGUGAGUCCUCUACUACCACUUCGGAUAACUUCUCCAUGGACCCACAGCUGGAGCGUAAAGUGGAAACUAUCCGUAAUCUGGUUGACUCCUACAUGGCUAUUGUUAACAAGUGCAUUCGGGAUCUCAUGCCCAAAGCCAUCAUGCAUCUCAUGAUCAAUAAUGUAAAGGAGUUCAUCAACGCGGAGCUGCUGGCGCAGUUGUACUCUGCGGGUGAUCAGAACGCCCUGAUGGACGAGUCUCAGGAGCAGGCCCAGAGAAGGGAUGAGGUGCUGAGGACACACCAGGCCCUUAAAGAGGCAUUGGCUAUCAUCGGGGAUAUCUCAACCACCACCAUCACAGUUCCUCUGCCGCCCCCUGUUGACAACUCAUGGGUUGGGGGAUCCAGCGGAGGUCGAAGGUCUCCUCCUCCGAGUCCAACUGCCCCAAGGAGGAUGUCUGCAGGCCAGCGCCCAGCACCUCGAGGAGCCCCACCGCCACCAAAUCGUCCAGGUCCCCUGGGGCCCUUCAAUAACAGUGCUGAGAGCCCCCAGGCUCCAAGUCGCCCGAAUAGGGCCCCCCCUAACAUCCCCAGCCGACGACCACCGCCAUCUCCAACAAGACAAGUACCGCCAUAAUCGCCCAAAGUUCGCCAUCUUCUUUCCUCAUCGUCCUCCCUUCUCGCUUAGCCUCGGCUCUUUCUUUACUUAGUGUUCCCUUGACCCUGAUCUCCUGCCAAUGAACCGUGUCCAUAUACAGUAUCUAUGUACAGACAGUAUUACACUUGUCUCGUGAGGUAUAUUAAUGUAUGCGUGUUGCUCGCCUGUGGUCCAGGUAUGCUUAAAAGAACCACAUCCUAACUGUUCACUGAUACCUUUUCCCUCCAGCCCCCCAAGUCAACCACUACCAGAACUCGCUGCUUAGAAAAUAUCAGUUUAUGGGCUGCCAUAUUAAUUCCACAAUGCAGCAUGGCACAAAAGCUGCAUUUAUUGCAUGGGAGUGUGUGUGAUUGUGUUGUGAGUGUAUGGAGGAUUGCCUAAUUUGCCUAUAUGUAGACUGAAAUGAAUUUAUUGUACAACUCCCAGAUAAGUGUUGAUUAUCAACCUGCUGUUCUCUAUAGAAAGAAAAGUUGUAUCUGUUUAACAUACGUAUUGUGUAUGUGUUUGUGUGCAAGUAAUAAUGUGUAUCUGUGUACGUGUGCGUGAGAAGACGUAUCCAUAAGUCUGUCUGCACGCUUUUUGCCAUUUCUAUUUUGUUUUUAUGUUCAAAAAUGCUACUGAUGAUAAAUUUACUGUUAGACUUUUGUGAGAUGUUUGUUGUCGUAGUAGCAAUACACACAUAGCAAGGCUGAGGAGCACCAUCAGUACUCUAUAUUAAAGUCUCAAUAUGACAUUUCUUCAUUAUAGGACGCCACCUGUACUCUAAUAAUGGUCAAAGUUGACACCCCUGUCACCUUAAGAACAGAUCCAUUUGCUGACUAGAACAUCAAAUCUUUUCCUGUGGAUUAAUGGACAGCAUGAUUUUUCUUUUCUUUUAGCUUUAUCUCAGGUUGAAAACAUGCACACUAAAGUUGGGUAGUCUUGGAAUUCAGUUGCCCUAGUCUUUCAUUUAAAGACACAUUCAUGAAGUCGGUCAGUUAACAUCUGUGUUAAAUCUUAUGCAGCUAUUGUCACCAUUCUCGUGCUUCUCUGUCAGUUUAUGUGUAUAUAUGGUCCUAAACUGUGUUCUGGUUCUGCUGAUAAGAAAAUACUGUACCUGUGAACUAUUACGACCUUACGUCCUAGCGCUUUACUGGUCCUAUCUUUUCAAUCGUCACUAAUUAAGACUGCCUUAUUGGCUUUAAUUACAAUUCUCUAUCGCCAAAGCUAAUAUAUACUGGAUAGAGAAAUGCAGAGCAUGAAAAGGUAAAGAACAUAGAUAAAAUUAUUCAAUGUGUAAUAAGAGGUUUAUCAGAAAGCAUCAUGGGUAAUUGCAUCUGUUAUUUUUCUGUGUCCCUGUAUUGUUCCAAAAAUAAAAAGGAACGUGAAAAACAAGUCUUGAAAA